AUGGCCAGGCACUUCAAGUACGUCACCCUCGGCGGCGGCGUCGCGGCGGGGUACGCGGCGAGGGAGUUCGCCAAGCAGGGCGUCAACCCGGGCGAGCUCGCCAUCAUCUCCAAGGAACCGGUGGCCCCUUAUGAGCGCCCUGCACUCAGCAAGGGAUACCUCUUCCCUCAGAACGCCGCAAGACUGCCAGGCUUCCACACGUGUGUUGGCAACGGUGGAGAGAGGCUACUUCCUGAAUGGUACUCUGAGAAAGGCAUUGAACUGAUCCUGAGCACUGAGAUUGUGAAGGCUGACCUUGCCUCAAAGACUCUGACCAGUGCAUCUGGGGAAACCUUUACAUAUGAGACCUUGCUCAUUGCUACUGGCUCCUCGGUCAUAAAGCUCACUGAUUUUGGUGUUCAAGGAGCAGAAUCCAACAACAUUUUGUAUCUAAGGGAUAUUGCAGAUGCUGACAAGUUGGUUGCAGCUAUGAAAGCAAAGAAGGAUGGAAAGGCUGUGAUUGUUGGAGGUGGUUACAUAGGGCUUGAGCUUAGCGCAGCCUUGAAAGUCAACAACUUUGAUGUGACUAUGGUGUACCCUGAACCCUGGUGCAUGCCCCGUCUCUUCACUGCUGGUAUUGCUCAUUUCUAUGAGGGCUACUACACUAACAAAGGAAUCAAGAUUGUGAAGGGCACGGUUGCUGUUGGUUUCGACGCUGAUGCCAACGGAGAUGUCACCAAAGUGAAGUUGAAGAAUGGAAGUGUUCUGGACGCUGAUAUUGUUAUUGUUGGCGUCGGCGGCAGGCCAUUGACGGGUCUCUUCAAAGGCCAACUUGAUGAGGAGAAAGGUGGACUCAAGACCGAUGCAUUCUUCGAAACAAGUGUUGCCGGAGUAUACGCCAUCGGCGACGUGGCCACCUUCCCUCUGAAGCUCUACAACGAGCAGAGGAGGGUGGAGCACGUGGACCACGCCCGGAAGUCGGCCGAGCAGGCCGUGAGGGCGAUCAAGGCGAAGGAGUCCGGCGAGUCGGUGGCUGAGUACGACUACCUGCCCUACUUCUACUCCCGGUCGUUCGACGUGGCGUGGCAGUUCUACGGCGACAACGUCGGCGACGACGUGCUGUUCGGCGACAACGACCCGGCCUCGGCCAAGCCCAAGUUCGGCAGCUAUUGGGUGAAGGACGGCAAGGUCGUCGGCGUGUUCCUCGAGGGCGGGUCGGCGGAGGAGAACCAGGCAAUCGCCAGGGUCGCCAGGGCGCAGCCGCCGGUGGCCGACGUCCAGGUGCUCAAGGAGGAGGGGAUCGAGUUCGCUGCCAAAAUCUGA